CCGCUCAGGCGCCUCCCCCCCAGCUCCAGGCCCAUGUGACCGCGCGAGGGCCCCCUGGAUGCCGCGGCAGCAUGGACGAUGAGGAGGAGUUCUUCGACGCCGUGUCGGGCCUUGCCUCUGGCCACUCUCCUGACGGGUUGUCAGAGGCACCCCCGAGAGUCCCUGGGGUGAUUCCCGUGGACCCCAGCAGAAGCAAUGGGAUGGGAAAGGCCGGGGCGCCGGCCCCUCGGGAGAACGGACUCCAGAAGCGCAGGACGGCGCUGCCCGCACCCAUGUUCACCAGGAGCGACUUCAGCAUGUGGAGCGUCCUGAGGAAGUGCAUCGGCCUGGUGCGUGGCGCGGCCCUGCAGCCAGGGGUGGGGUGCCCCGGCCCUGUGUCCUGGGCGUUCAAAGGCUGCUUGCGAACCCCCCCUUUCCCCAAGAGAGGCUGGGGGCCCCGCCCUGCCGGCGCCGCCCCUCCUGCCUGCGAAGGCUGCUCGCCCAGUCUGCGGUCCGGAUCUUUCUGCUGCCCCAGGGAGGACCUGGGCUUCAGGUUCAUCUCGGAGCAGGUCAGCCACCACCCGCCGGUCAGCGCCUUCUACUCGGAGGGCCUCAACCAGGACUUCCUGCUGCACGGCUCCAUCUACCCCAAGCUCAAGUUCUGGGGCAAGAGCGUGGAGGCCGAGCCCCGCGGCACCAUCACGCUGGAGCUGCGCCGGCACGGGGAGGCCUACACCUGGACGAACCCCACCUGCUGCGUCCACAAUGUCAUCGUCGGGAAGCUGUGGAUCGAGCAGUACGGGACCGUGCAGAUCGUGAACCACAGGACGGGGGACAAGUGUGUGCUCCACUUCCGGCCAUGUGGCCUGUUCGGGAAGGAGCUGCACAGGGUGGACGGCCACAUCCAGGACAGGAGCAGGAAGAAGCUCUUUGUGGUCUACGGCAAGUGGACAGAAUGCCUGUGGGGCAUCGACGCGGCCGCCUACGAGUCCUUCCACAGGCAGGAGCGGCGGGGCGAGCUCCCGAAGAGGGCGAAGCAGGACGGCGGCUCCCGGGAGGCGCAGGGCGCAGUGACGGACGCCCCGCCCGAGGCGCAGGACACCGUGCAGGUCAUCCCGGGCAGCAAGCUCCUCUGGAGGGUCAAUACCCGGCCCCCCAACUCCGCCCAGAUGUACAACUUCACCAGUUUCGCCGUCAGCCUCAACGAGCUGGAGACCAGCAUGGAGAAGACCCUGGCCCCCACAGACUGCCGCCUGCGCCCCGACAUCCGGGGCAUGGAGAACGGCGACAUGGACCUGGCCAGCCAGGAGAAGGAGCGGCUGGAGGAGAAGCAGCGGGAGGCCCGGAGGGAGCGAGCCAAAGAGGACGCCGAGUGGCAGACCAGGUGGUUCCGCCCGGGCAGCAACCCCUACACCGGGGCCCCCGACUGGCUGUACGCCGGGGGCUACUUUGAGCGGGACUUCUCGGGGUGCCCCGACAUCUACUGAGCCCCAGCGGCCCGGAGCCCGGACGCCCACGGACACCACGCCGGGGCACCCUGAGGGCCGCCGUCCCGCCGGGGCCUCGCCGGGACCAUCCUGCGGCCGGACGCCACCACCGCUGCAGCCUCCUUGCAAACCGCGGUUCUCCGCUGUGGUCGGACGGGAAACGCUCUGCCGGCCGCUUGGCCGCGGCACGACGCCCCGGGCACGGCCUGCGGAGGAAGCACCGGCCGCGGGACCCGCAGGCUUGCGGGCUUUCACCUCAAUGGCGAUGGCGGAACACAGGGAUCUUGAAAUAACCCUGCAAGCAGCUUUGAGGGCAGGGGCCCCUUUCUCCACUGCGGGAUCAGGAGAUUUCCAGAGCUCCCGAGAGCAAUGAAAAGCCGUCAGGCUCAGUACUGUACAGGUCACUCUGAAGAUAUUUAAGUUAGAACUACUUGCAUAGUAUUUUGCUGAAGAGCGAGAGAGACGCUGCCCGUCCGCGCCGGCCCGGUUCGCCUCCCCCGGGGCCGGAACACUGCGCCGCCUGCGCC